AUGGGUAGGAGUUCCUGGAGCCAGCAAGCUGCAGCCAGCGCAUUGGCGUUCGGCCUGGUGGCUACGAAACAAGCUGUUUCGGUAGCAGCGCACGUGUAUCCGUACGUCCCUACCCAGAUCCUCAUGCCAACGGCUUGCUUGGCUUCAUCGACAUGCAACGGAGCCAACUUGGCGUAUAUAUUCAGCCAGAGUGAUGAUGGAAGCGUCCGAUUCUCAGCACUCAACUAUUCGGCCACAGUCGGGUCUGGUACGCAGCUCCUCACGGUGACGAACGAGCUCCCAUUUCUGAAGGAGGCGCCGGCGACAACGGCGUUCAAUGCUGCACGAACGAGUAACGGGUUCGUGAUGGUGUACUCGGGAGCGUGUGAUGACACGACAGGCUCCCUGUGGAGUUUCGCUAAUGUGCUCCAAGACGGUGUGAGCAACACUUGGAGCAGGAAAAAGACCGUCGUCUCGAGUUCGUCUGGCCAAGCUCCGCCCCGGGGUCCCUAUUUCCUUGGCGGCACUUUGGCAUUCUCAUCGAGCCUGGCCCCAACCUUGGACCAGCCUACCAUUUAUACCUACGGUGGCAUGUGUGAUUCUCCCGACACCAACUCGAGCGGUUGGCAGUCGAGUGCCAAUUAUACAACAACCAUGAUGAGUCUGGCCCCGAACAGCCAGGCCCAAGACACUGCAUAUUCGCUGAGUGUAGCUUCGACGUCUGGUCCUCGCACGCCACUCGCUGGAUUUACUCUUACCCAGCUUCCUGCCUCCAUUACCAACAUCUCGGGCGCUGUCACGCAGCAGGAUGGUUUUGUCGUGCUGGGCGGUCACACUCAGCAAGCCUUUAUCAACAUGAGCACGGCGGCGGUGUGGAACCUGCCCGAACAAUCGUGGUCAUACAUCAACAUUAGUGGGCCGGAUGCGACAGCGGCGAAACUGGCUGCGAGGGCCGGCGAAACAAUACCUAUCUACACCCGGCCGAACGUCCAAGUUGAGAGCAGAUCCGGCCAUACCGCCGUUCUGAGCGAGGACGGAUCGUCCAUAUUUGUCCUGGGAGGGUGGGUUGGAAAUGUCAACACACCAGCUCAGCCCCAGCUGGCCGUUUUACACCUCAACCAGACGUAUUCUUCGUGGAAAUGGACAAUUCCCAAAGCACAGCCGCAGUUCAAUGCGGUUUUUGGGCACGGAGCAGCCACUCUACCGGGUAAUGUGAUGAUGGUAUUUGGUGGUUGGGAAAUAUCUACGACGGGUGGCGGGUCGACUUCGAAACGGCAGCAAGCGUCAUCUCCCAGUUCUGUGCUGCGGUUCUUCAAUAUGACAUCAAUGUCGUGGUCAAGCUCGUACACAAACCCUAUGCCUGGGAAAAUAUCCGUCGUUAAGGGGACUCACGACGCACCCACUGACAAUAACUCUUCGCAAUCUAGUCCUCCUCUUGGACUUGGGCUGGGUCUCGGAUUAGGGCUGGCUCUUUUGAUUGGUGUUCUCAUUGCUUUCCUCUUUUGGCGAAUCAAGCUCAGGAAGCGCCGUCAAGCCAGGACCGAGGCAGCUAAUGCAAUGAAUCUGGAUGCGCAGUACUUUGUCCACGACACCGAUGAGAUGAUAGAAAGAGAUGAAUGGUACACGUCUCAAAACGGGGGCUGCCAAUCAGCGUCAACGGAUCAAUCGCCAGGAUACGAGUGGCUUCGGGGAGCUUCAACAUCAGUUGACGACAGCCACCCCCGCCCUUCCACCUCGAGAAAGGCCCCCGCCAUUUCGCGAGCCAUGAGAGGAGGCUACUCGCCUGCCGAGACUCGCUUCAAUGCCUUUGUGACGCCUCAUGGACGGAUUCAUCCCAUACUCGAGGAUGACGAGGAAGAUCACUCGCAUAGCCGUCACCAGCACCACCACUCACUCAACCAACCUUUGACGCCAACGCCCGAAGUCCAAUCUGAUCCAUUCGUAACGCCAACGACCGCUGCUGCGGCAGCGGUCAUCCGUGCGCCGAGCAAUCGAUCCUCGGCUACUUCCAUCCCUGACGGGGUCCAGAAGCAGUAUGACCCCGACGUACAAGAUUGGGCUUCGGACGUGGAUGCAGCGGAUAUCCUCCUCGACAGGUAUAAUACCUCUCGACAGGGCCGUAUAUCUCCAACACGGUUGAAUUCCAGUCGAUCCGCAGGUCUCAGGGACGACGAGUCCAGAACCGAAUCCAAUCUUUCAGAGUCCAACCGUAGUGCCGCCGACAGUUUGCGUCCGUCAAGCUCCAACAGACGGUCUGCUGCUGUUAGCCUUCUUGGUGGAAUGCUGUUGGGAAACACGGAACAUCCAAAGCCCGGCAGCUCCUCGUCCAACAGUUAUAACACGGCGCGAUCCGGGUUCGGCACACUACAGGCGGAAGCACCGGCUUUACUAGAAGGCCGGGGGCGAGAAGAAACGACAACGACGACAUUGCCGUCGAAUCAAUUUGGUGAAGACGAGGAAGUAAACGCCCUCCCGCCCUCACCGUCGAAGACGAAACCACGGAGAGGGUGGCUCGGCUCGCUGGGUCGAGUAUUCUCCCAGUCAGGGGGUUCAUCAUCCUUACCUUCGCCCGAGCGCUCCCCCACACGGCCCGGUCCGGAACGCUAUAGCAGUGACUAUGAGUUUCAAACGGGUCUACGAGGGGAGCUCCUUAAAAGGAAGCAAGGUCGCCAGGAUUGGGAAGACGAUGCUCAGCCAGCUCCUCGAAGCGGAGCAGAAGGAAGCGGCAAUAUUUUGGCUCAUGUGGAAAAUGAGUGGGAUAUCGAGAAAGCCGUCGAGCGGCGUCUAGUGCAAGUCAUGUUUACCGUGCCCAAGGAAAAGCUGCGAGUCGUUAAUGGCGACGAGGAGCCCGACGAAGAACAGGAGCCCGAGAAAAUGAUGAAGAGGGCAGAAUUGAAGGAGGCGGAUACAGAUGGGUUGCAUGAACCGCAAGUGGCCGAACUGGUAUAUCCAAGUUGUUCAUCCUUGUCAUCCGCGGAACUCCAGCAGCGGGGGCGGCAGCAGCAGCGGUGGCAGCGUGAAGAAGAGGAGCAUCGAUAUUCGCAGGCCGACAACCCAGAUUUACUCCACGUGGAUUUGGCAGAGCCGAGAUUGAGCCAUUCGAGUGACGAGUCGGGGCGACGCUCCUCGCUGGCAGUGUUUACCGCCGAGGCAAUUACGUUUGAGAGGCCGCGGACAAGGGUGCUGCAAAUGGUGGACACGAUUGAGAGUAGAAGUCAGUCCAACAGUCCAUCGAGAGGCGCAAAGUGA